UUUGGGGAAUUGCCACUAAUACCACUUUCCUAAUACCACUUUUCAACUUUACACUUUUCAAAUUUACCUUUAAAAUUUUAGUGGGUAAAGUACCAUUAUACCCUUAUUUAAUCAAACAUAAACAUAAGUCUUCUCCCACAAGAAAUUGAAAAUUCAAAAACCCCUAAUCGAGAGAUUGAUUCCGGCGAUCGAGAGAUUCCAACGAGAGAUCGAUUCCGGCGAGAGAGAUCGAUUCCUUCGAGAGAGAUCGAUUCCGGCGAGAGAGAUCGAUUCCGGCGAGAGAGAUUCGAUCCGUCGAGAGAGUUUCGACGACUUCAGCCAUUUUCACCGGCGAGAUUUGAUUAUUCAGGCGACAUUGACGUCCGACGAGAUUUGGCGAAGACUACAAGCUCAAUCGAAUCAAUCUCUCUUCACGAACGUAACAAAGUGAUUUUCGUCUCUUUUCUGUAAUUUUUGCUUGGUUUCUCAAAAUCGAUCGGUUUCUGGGAAGGAGACGAAUUUUUCUCAUGAAGUUUUCGAAUCUCAGAUUUAUAAAACCUUAUAAAUUUUUAGCUAUGAGGAAUAUAGUUUUAUGUAUUUUUCUUAUUGAUAUAUCUUGUUGAUCAUUCCUUCUCUAAUACCCAUGUUCUUUAUAAUCAGGUUAUGGUGUUCGAAAUUUGUUCUAUAUGUGGAGAAUGGAAACUAAUAAAUGGAAUUCACUGGGAUUUCAUAGUGGAUGAUCAACGAGGAUCCUCUCUUAGUAUGAUUCAUGAAGAUAUCAGCUACAAUGAUUUGAUUGUGGCUGUUUUAGAAGAUUUUGGAAUUGAUGGCAACAGAAACAGUGUAAAUCUUAGCUAUGCCUCACCUUCAAAAUUAAACUUUGGUACAAAAGAGCUUCCUCCAGCAUUUAUUAGGAAUGAUCGUCAAGUAACAUCUUAUCUGAGCAAACUUAAGGAGAAUGGAGACCUUCAUCUAUGUGUAACCAUUAAGAGAAGAACUCAAUUAUCACCAAUGAUUAUGUCAAAUAUGAUCCAGCCACGGGGUGGAAAUAGUAAUCAUGAUUUGCCUAUUGCUGGAACUAGUAAUCCGCGUGAGACAGGAACACAAAAAUCACCAUUGAUUAUGUCAAACAUGAUUCAGACACAAGAUGAAAUUUCUAGUACUCAUGAUUCGCCUAUUGCUGGAAGUAGUAAUGUAUUUGAGAGAGGAACAAAAACACACGCGGAGACUGAAUGGAACAGCAUUCAGAGAGUUGACGAAGUCUCUGGUAUACAACAUACUUGUAUUAGCGACAGUCUUAUUUCUCCUUCAAGUGGUCUUGUUAGCAAUAAGAGAGGAUUGGACUCGAUUGGACUUGCUGUAUAUGGGUCUGGAAAGUCAAAAUUGCCAUCUUUCUCCAGUAGACGUGGUAGAGAAAGCAUGGGAGAAGAUAUCUUGUCUCCCAGUUGUGGUGAUGAUGAUGAUUUGUUCUGCGGGAAGUUUUUCAAGGAUAAAAAGGAAAUGAGCACAAAGUUGAGGUUGCAUGCAGUUAGUAAAAGCUUUGAGUUCCACACAGAAUAUUCAGACAAAACACGUUAUGUUCUUAGUUGUGUGGAUGAAAGAUGCAGUUGGAGUUUUCGUGCAAAAUCAGUUAAAGGAUCUCAGAGUUUUUUUGUUCGUCAUUAUGUAUCUAAACAUACUUGUGACACUUCUCUGAGAACUGUUAGUCAUCGGCAAGCUACUGCAAAAUUGUUGGGAACUAUGGUCAGCAAUCAUUAUGAAGGAGGAAAGAUUGGGCUGAAACCUAAACAGAUCAUGGAAAAAGCUAGAAAUGAUCAUGGUGUUGUGAUUACAUAUUCAAAGGCUUGGAGGUCUCAAGAGCACGGCCAAGAUAUAGCUAGGGGUACUCCUGAUGACAGUUAUGAAGCUUUGCCCAGUUGGUUUCACAUGAUAAAAGAAAAGAAUCCAGGUUCUGUGACUUUUAUCGAAGUUGAUGCUGUUGGGAAAUUCAAAUACGCAUUUUUGUCGCUUGGUCCAUCUAUCAGAGGGUUUAAGUUGAUGAGGAAGGUACUUUCUGUUGAUGGUGCCCAUCUGAAAUCAAAGUAUAAAGGGACUCUACUUGCUGCCACAGCACAAGAUGGUAAUUUUCACUUGUAUCCUAUAGCUUUUGCUAUAGUUGAUUCUGAGAAUGAAGCCUCAUGGAGUUGGUUUAUGAAAUGUCUGAAAACCAUCAUUCCUGAUGAAGAGGAUUUGGUUUUUGUCUCUGAUCGUGCGGCCUCUAUUGAAAAAGCUCUUUUACAACAUUAUCCUGUUGCUCACCAUGGAAUCUGCAUCUUUCACUUUCAAAAGAAUGUCCAGGACAAUUUCAAAAGUUCAACACUUGUCCCUUUGGUUGUUGAAGCUGGUUAUGCCUACACCAAAGCUGAUUUCGAUUGCUAUUUUCAAGAGAUUGAGGAGUCCGACAUUGUAUUAGCAGAUUAUCUUCGUAAAGCAGACUUCAGGAAGUGGACCCGAGCUUAUUCUCCUGCUAAUCGCUUCAACAUCAUGACGUCAAACUUGGCCGAAUCUAUAAAUUCUUUGCUGAAAGUGAGUCGUGAGUAUCCAAUUGUCUGUCUUUUUGACACUAUUAGGAUGAUAAUGACUAAGUGGUUCACUGAACGACGUGAGGAAGGAGUUCGUCACAUGCACCCUGUCACUGUCGAAGUGGGGAACAAGAUGAAGGAGCUAUAUGAUUUUACGUCUCGCUUCCUUGAAGUUUCCAAAAUCAAUGAUUCAGAGUUUGAGGUUAAGGGAGAUACAAGAGAUCAAGUGGUGAAUUUUCAAACAAGGCAUUGUUCAUGUUUUGUGUUUGAUAUUGAGAAGUUUCCUUGUGCUCAUGCAAUUGCCGCUGCAAAAUCUGGGAAUAAGCACGAAAAUGAUUAUGUCGAUGAGUUUUUCUCCAAUGAAAGGUUUACACUAGCAUAUUCAGAGAGUGUAUAUCCUGUUGGUGAUAAAACAUAUUGGGAUAUUCCUCCCCAUGUAGCUUCGUUUGUUUGUCGCCCUCCAUCUACACGCUUUCCUAGUGGGAGGAGGAAAAAAAAGAGGAUACCAAGUUCGUGGGAGUAUGGAAAAUAUCGGCCCAUAUCUAAACCAUCACCCAAGGCUUACAAAUGCAGCAGAUGUGGACAGAAAGGACACAACAAAGGUAGUUGUGUAAGGCCUAUUUGAUAACAGAGUAGUAUAAAAACUUGUGUGCAAUUGAUUAUUUUAUAUGAUGUUAUAAGAGAGAAUUGGAAUCGAAUAGAUUUUGGGGAACCUUUUACUAUUACAUUUUAUCGUUUUAUAAUGAUUUAUAAAGUUUA